UAUUGCACCACUAAAACAGGUUAUAUACCAUCACUGGACAAAAGGAAUACAGAACGAAUCAUACGAAAAUGGUGUGUUGGAAAUAAAGAUGUCAGGGAAUCCAUGGUGGGCAACAGAUCUGCAAUCAGUCAUGGCCAAGGUGCUUCUGCAAAACAUAGUUGCCACACUCUAUAGUUAUCAGUAUGUUUUUACAGUGAAUGUUAACCUUCAAAGUACGGCAGAUUCGAUAUUGUUUCGUUAUGACCCAGAACUGCCUGCCGGACAGCCAGGGCAGUUUUGCACGAUCAGUUUGUAUAGGACAGAUAGUUUACGUGUUAUUUGCGCUCCCGAGAGUAUAGUGAAUAUGAUUCGUGGUGUCAUCCAGAAUGUUUGGUCUCAUGGAAGGAUACAGGAGGAGAAGGAUCAUCAUGGCAGUUGGGAGUUUAAGAUCUCUGGAAAUCCUUGGCAUUCUUGUAAAGAAGAAUCAGUGAUGGCAAGGUAUUUGAUAUUAAAGAUUCUCGAAGCAAUGUUAAAUCAAGGUUGGCAUAAUAUUGCUGCCAUUGAUAUCUCAAGGCGAGCAACUGAUAAAUCUGUGCUUAUUUUCCAACGACGUGAACCAAAGCACUGCUCGAUCAUGUGUUUGAGUCUUGACGAUGCGGACAAAUUUCGAUGUAUCAACAUACCUACCGAACUUGUUGAAUCUUUCAAAAAACUUUUCCUAAGUCGUUGGUCAAUAGGAAUACAAGAAGAAAAAGUUACGAAUUUAAGUUUCGUUAGCGUCUGGCAGUUCAAACUGAACGGGUGCCCAUUUAAUGGUAGCUUGAAUAACGACGCGUAUCACAUACGAAGCUUUCUAUGCAAUAUCGUCGAGGCUUUUGCUGCACGAAGUUGGAGAGUCUACAUGGCUGGUGAUGUUUCCGCAAAGUUUGUUCACAGUAUUUGGUUUAUUUACGAUCCUCCCACUACCCAGCAACCCACCGCCCCAGCCUUUGGCUUUGCGUCUUCUUCACCCGACGGUACUGGUAUGCCUACAGCACCGUAUCCACCGAUAGGUUCAGGCGUGUCAUCAGCGUAUGGGGGACCUCCAGCACCUACAGCUCAGACAUCUGGAUACGCGCUGUAUCCUCACCCAAAUGAACCACCUCCAACAAAUACCGAAGCAACGGGGUGGAAUAGAGACCCCAAAUAA